AGCAUACGUCUAGGUUACUCGACCACACGACCUUAUUUUAAGCGACUGCCAAUCAUGACCGAUGAUGUCCACCGCCCGUCUCCAGGAGCCCUCCAAUCCCUGAUCUAUACGCCGCGUUCGCCUCAGUCAGAACAACCUUCGUUGGAAGUAUUGGACCAACUUCUGCUACCGAACAAGAAAGCAUACAUACCGGUGAAGACGACGCAGGAUGCGUGGAAGGUCAUCCGUGAUAUGAAUGUGAGGGGUGCGCCUUUAAUCGCCAUAGUCGCGGUGCUGAGCCUAGCGGUGGAGAUGAGCGCAAAAAGUAACGUGCAGGGGAAGGACGGCUUUGCCUCGUUACAAGCAGCAGCGGCAUGGUUACAGGAAGCUGUAGUCUACUUGAAAACGUCUCGACCCACUGCAGUGAACCUUUUUACCGCCAUGGACGAAGUCCUGCUUUUGAGUCAGGCUACCACCAAGAAACAUGACGCGGUAGGGGCCUGCGUCCAAAACGCAGCCCCAUUGGUCAGCGCGGUGGUAAGGUUCGCGGAGCAGAUGCUCAAGGAAGACGUGGAAUCAAACCAGGCAAUAGGAGACCACGGGGCCGCUGCCAUCUUGGCAAAUCUCUUGCCAGGACAAGGAGUGAAAGUCCUCACGCAUUGCAACACAGGGUCCUUGGCAACGGCAGGGUACGGCACGGCCCUAGGCGUCAUUCGAUCACUGCACAAAGAGGGGCGGCUGGCACGUGUCUUUUGCACAGAGACGCGUCCCUACAACCAAGGAGCUCGUUUGACCGCCUUCGAACUGGUCCAAGACCAACUUCCGGGUACUUUAAUCACGGAUUCGAUGGUCUCCUUUCUCAUGGCCACGCAGGGCUUGGACGCGAUUGUGGUGGGUGCGGAUCGGAUCGCAGCGAACGGCGACACGGCCAACAAAAUCGGGACGUAUCAAUUGGCAGUGACAGCGAAACAUCAUGGGGUUGCAUUUUAUGUGGCAGCGCCGUUCACGUCGUUCGAUCUCUCCUUGGCAUCCGGUGAUCAGAUAGAGAUUGAAGAACGGCCCGCGCGGGAGCUGACGCAGGUGCAGGGGAUUCAAGUGGCGCCCCAAGAGAUUGCGGUAUGGAAUCCAGGCUUUGAUGUGACCCCCGCCUCCUUGAUCACAGGGAUCAUCACAGAGAAGGGCGUGAUCCACCCUUUCCCCUCUGCUGGGGCUACAGACGCGAAGCCACGCGUUCCAACACAGGAGACGGGCGAAGCCAGGAGGAAAAGCAACGGGACCGUGGGCCAUGGAAGGCGGAUGACGUUUGACAUCCCGGGCUUUUUGAACGGCGAGGGGGCGCAUCAAAUACCAUCGUCUUUGCCGGAUGCCGCAGCCCCGACCCCUUCCAUGGAGUUGGACAGCGCCAACCUCCCAUCCCCCGCCUCAGGAUACGAGGCUUUGAGCGAAGAGAACGUGGCGCUUUUCCUUGAGAAACACGUGCGAGACGUGUGGGACCUGCUGGGGGCCCGGACCGGGGCCGAGGUGGAAAUCUCCGAGGUCGGAGAUGGGAAUUUGAAUCUAGUGUUCAUCGUCAGAGGUCCGAAAAACACCGUGGUCGUCAAGCAAGCCCUGCCCUACGUGCGUUGUGUGGGGGAAUCGUGGCCCUUGACGCUGGACCGGGCCUUCUACGAGGCCGCCGCAUUGCAGGAGGAGGGCCGUCACACGCCAAGGCUGGUGCCAGAGUUCGUGCCUCCCCCCCAUAUCAUCCUUCGGAAAGCCCUGAUACGAGGCGACGUCCUUUCUACCCUGGCAGCGGACUUGAGCGACUUUAUGGCACGGAACCUCUUCUUCACUUCCUCCUUCCACCACUCUGGCCCUUCCAAACGGGAGGCGGUGGCCUUCUGGUCAGGAAACCAUGGUUUGUGCGCCUUGACGGAAGCUGUCGUCUUCACCGAACCCUACUGCCCGGAGGUGGCGCACAAUCGUUGGACCAGCCCGGCAUUGGACGAGACGGUCGCCCAGCUUCGACAAGACCAGGCUUUAAAAGUGGCUGUGGGGAAAUUGAAAGCGAAAUUCAUGGAUUCCACGGAAGCUUUGUGCCACGGGGACUUACACACGGGUUCCGUGAUGGUCAAGGAGGGAUCCACCGUCGUAAUCGACCCCGAAUUCGCGUUCUAUGGGCCGAUGGGCUUCGAGUGCGGGGCUCUCAUGGCAAAUUUCUGGCUGAAUUAUUUCAGCCAGGCGGGGCGGGCAUCGGACGGGGGAGGACGGCACGAGUAUGCUGAGUGGGUCCUUGACACGUCCGUGGCGAUAUGGCAGGAAUUCUGCGCCAAAUUUCUGGCUUUGUGGGCCGACGCGGCGACGCAUCAGGGAGAAGGUUUCAAGCGAGUCGCCUACGCAAAGCCCGAGGAGCUGAGAGCAGCCCAGGAAGCGUUUGUGCAAGACCUCCUACGGGACACGCUGGGCUUUGCCGGUUGCAAAAUGAUUCGGAGGAUCAUCGGGAUCGCGCACGUGGAGGACUUGGAGUCGAUCGCGGAUCCUCAAGUGCGGGCGGCCUGCGAGAAGCGGGCAUUGAGCAUGGCUCGGACCUUGGUGGUACACGGAAGGGAGUACGCGAGCAUGGAGGCAGUAGCGGCCUUAGCCCGGAAAGCCUGAGUCUCGAGGCUGGAUGUAGGGGUCCGGGUGAACGCCAUUGCAAGGGGCUUCGGAGGAAGAGGUAUGCAAGAAAUUAGACCGGACUUUUCUUGGCUGGACAUGGACGGCCGGUUGUAAGCACAAUGAUGAUGAAAGCGAAAUGGUCCUUACGUGAAG